AUGUUCAGUCCAGGAUCAUGGGUGUUAUGUGCGUGUUUGUUAUUUGUUCGCUAUGGUCUGGUACAUGGAGAGGGAAGACGACCGUUUUAUGUUAUAGCUCACAUGGUGAAUUCAAUUUACGAAAUGGAGGAAUAUUUGGCGAGAGGAGCCAAUGCCAUCGAAGCAGAUGUCACCUUCAAUGCUAACGGAACUAUAAAACAAAUUUAUCACGGAUAUCCAUGUGACUGCUACAGAGUGUGUGAUGAGAAAGAAAAUUUUGGAAAAUACCUUAAUUAUGUUAGAGAUCUUACAAGUCCCAAUAAUGCCAAGUAUCAAAAAAGCCUUUCGCUCUUAUUUUUGGACUUGAAACUCAGUGAUGUUACACGCUCACAGAAAUACAAAGCCGGUGAAGAAAUAGCAAAGAAUUUGAUUACUAACCUCUGGAAUUAUGAUUUGAGUGAUCCACAGAUUCACGUUUUGUUGUCCAUAGGCCAUACAUCUGACAGCGAUGCUAUUAAAGGUGUCCAAGAAACGUUCACUAAAUCUCAUCGUUCGACGUCAAUGAAAAAAUUAGGUUUUGAUGUUGGAUUAAAUGAUGAUUUAAACAGCGUCCGUAAAAUGUGGUCAAAGUUGAACAUAAAUGCCAAUCGUUGGCAGGGCGAUGGAAUCACCAACUGCUUUCGGUUUAUGAGGGAUGAUACUAGAUUGCGACAUGCGAUUCGAAUCCGAGAUUCUGGCACUGGAUUCAUCGAAAAAGUGUACGAUUGGACAGUGGAUAUAACUGAAAAUAUUAGGCGCUCUUUGCGCUCAGGGGUUGAUGCAAUGAUUACUAAUUUCCCUGAACGUGUCAUAUCUGUUCUUCAAGAAAAAGAGUUCAGAGAUAAAUAUCGUUUAGCUUCUGAAGAAGAUAGUCCAUUUUCUAGAGUCGCACUAGCUCCAUUGAAACACAGUCUUAGGGUACCAACAAUGACGAGUUACGUGUCUUCCAUUAGAGAGAUAACUAUAGCUCUCAUGGGAUACAUAUGGGAUUUUUAUAAACUUAGGUUGAAAAGACCAGAAACCUUGUUCCCUUUAAUACAGGACUUAAUUACGAGAGCUGCACCAACUCUACUAGAGUAUCACUCUUUUAUGCAACGGCUAAAUAAGAAAAACUUUUUGAGAAAAUCAUCCACUUCUAAGAAAAAACUGGACUAA